AUGGGAGGCUUCCACGCGAAAGAAGACCGGCCGACGCCGAAGGAGGUGUACAACUGGCGGCUGUACGGGGAGGCUGCCAUCAUUGCCACCGGCUCGGUGCUAUUCGGAUACGAUUCUGCUUUUGUUGGCACAACCAUUGCAAGACAGAGCUUCAAGACAGCGUUUGAUAUUCAAAAGAGUUCUGCGGCGGAAAUCUCGAGCAACAUUACGUCUGCGUUCCAGGCGGGUGCUUUUUUCGGCGCGAUUCUCUGCUUUCUCUUAACGGAGCGCGUCGGCCGCAAAUGGGCUUUGCAGGCAAACGUGGCCUUGUUCCUGGUCGGCGCAAGUCUCAUGACGGCUGCCACUCAUCAACUAUCUUACAUUUAUGCCGGCCGUGUUCUCACGGGAAUCGCGUGCGGCGCCAUCACCGCCACUGUCCCCAGCUACAUCGCAGAGCUGUCGAUAGUGUCCAUCCGGGGAAUCCUGACGGGCCUCUUCGAGGUCGCGUACCAGCUGGGCACAUUGGUAGGCUUCUGGAUCAACUACGGCAUCAACCAGCACAUGGAUGUCACGUCCACCGCAAGCUGGCGGGUGCCCAUGGCGGUGCAGCUCGUCCCGGCGGGCGUCCUCUUUGUCGGGGGCUUCUUCCUGCACGAAAGCCCGCUGUGGCUAAUGCGCAAGGGUCGCGAGGAGGAGGCGACGCGAGUUCUUGAAGCGGUCAGAAAGCUGCCGCGGGAGCAUGUCUACCUGCAAGAGGACCUGGACAUGAUCCGACUCCGCUUGGCCGACGAGCUCGACAUCGCAAACAGGUACGGCGCAAAAUCGUGGGCGCUAUUCAGAGGCAUGCUGUAUGAACUGUCGCGAAAAGGCAUGAGGAAUCGUGUCGCGCUGGUGUUCUGCGCAUUUGCCCUGCAGAACAUGUCCGGCGCGGCCGCCAUCAACUACUACUCCCCGACGCUGUUUGCCUCGAUCGGAAUAAGCGAUGUUGCGCUCUAUACCGGCAUCUACGGCUUGGUCAAAGCUAUUGCGUCGAUCGCGUUCUACGGGUUCCUCAUUGACGUCUGGGGAAGACGGAAUCCUACCAUCGUUUCGUCCGUCAUGUGCUCGGUCUGCUUGUGGAUUGUCGGCUCAUACGUCAAGAUUGGCCACCCGGCAGACGUUAUUGCCGCCGGACAGAGCCUUUCCCCGUCAAACGCGGCUGGAGGAAGAGCUUCCACUGCAAUGAUUAUGAUAUAUUCCGUGUUCUGGUCGUUUGGGCUGAACGGCAUCCCGUGGAUUGUCUCUGCGGAAAUCUUCCCUGGAGCACUGCGUAACUUGACGGGCACUUACGCUGCUCUUAUUCAAUGGCUCACGCAAUUUGCAAUCACGAAAGCCCUGCCGUACAUCUUUAAGUCGUUUGGAUACGGCACGUGGUUCUUCUUUGCUUCUUGGAUGAUUAUAGCUGCGGUAUGGUCGUUUGUCUUUCUUCCAGAGACCAAGGGCCGGACACUGGAUGAGAUGGAUGAGAUUUUGUGA